AUCUCGCGUCGCGCGUCCUUGCGUAGCGCGCGGCGAACCCCGUGGCGCGUUGUUAUGAUCCAGCAUGGGAGAACGUAGUGUUGUGGCUGCUCAGUUUCUAUGUCAGUUUUGGAGUGAGGCAGUUCGAGAGGAAACGAUGUGAGCGUGGCGAUGUGAGGCGACUGUCACGGGUAUUCGUGUGAGAUAAUCGUGUUCGUAUGAGCGUCCGCUGAAGCGACUACCAAGUACCAGUACGAGAUCUCGUUUAUUGCCGCCGCCGUCGCUACCGCCGUCAUUGUCGUUGUCGCCGCGGAAAGAAGACAACGUACACAACGGGACUGAGGAAUCGCACGCGCCACCAACGUUUGGCGUUUUGGAAUACCCUCGUCUCGACCGCCGUGACGCGUGAGAUUCGCGGGCACGCUGAACUUUUCCCGCGCGUGAUCUGCCUCCUAGGCAGGGAUUUCUUCCGCGGAGGAUCGUGUCGAUGAGCCAUCCGACGAACGACACGUUGAUUUACGUGGACUGACCGCAUUGAUUGUGACGCCGUAGAGAGAGAAGCCGGCGUAACGCAGUAUGUUCGUCCAUGACACGCGUCCAUUGCCACUCGUCAAAUCUGUCAUUUUCACGCGUAUCUUUAUCGUGAUCAUCGAUCGAUCGCUGCAAAGCUCGAUUGCUGUAUAAUUGAUACAUGUUACGGGUCCCCAUACAAAGAGCGGACAUUUCUAGCUGGACAUCGCUUUCAAAGCAGAAUACGUGCCUUUCGGUAGAAAGAGAAAAAGAGAGAGGGAGAAGAUGCUGACACGGUUUAUACCAUACAUAUAACGCAAUAACAGUAAAUCUUGAUGAGCUCCACGGGUAUGUGGAUGUCUAACAUAUCUAGGUUUCUGUGUGUUACUCCAACAAAUAUUUGAAAAUUCAUUCAUAGAGAAGAUAACUGUUGACGAAAAAGUCAUACGAAGAUCAAGCAAACCCAGAAAGCAUACGGAGUUGGUGAUACGGGAGAGAGUGCACUAAUUAGUUUUACAAUAUGACGGAUACACGUAGAAGAGUAAAGUUGUGUACUGCUCUUAAUACAGAUAAGCAAUGGAAUGAUUAUGGUACAGGUCACAUUUCUUCUGAUUAUGUAGAGAGAUUAAAGGCAAUUGUUCUCAUAGUAAGAGCCGAGAAUGAUGGCUCUCUCUUAUUGGAGAGCAAGAUACAACCUGAUAUAGCAUAUCAGAAACAACAGGAUACUUCAAUAGUAUGGUCGGAAGGAAAUAAUUUCAACUUGGCCCUGAUUUUUCAAGAAAAAGCUGACUGUGACGAAUUAUGGGAAAAGAUAUGUCAAGUUCAAGGAAAAAAUCCAUCUGUAGAAAUCACACAGGACAUUGUAGAAGAAUCGGAAGAUGAGCGAUUUAAUGAUAUAUCAGGUGCAGCACUACCCAUCGAACCUUCAUGUGAAUCUCGAUUGGAAGAUAUUAAUGCGCUCAUAAAGAAUUGUUUAACGUUUGUUUAACGUUUUCAAUGAGAAAAGAAAAGUUAGCAGUGGAAUCCGACUAGACUAGAAUCCGAGGGUUACAUUAAGAGUUACAUUAACAUCACCUUGACGAUUUAAAAACAUCGAUUUUUUUGUGCUAAAAAAAUUCCUUAAAGUUUUAAAAAUAAAAUACAGUUGAUUCUAUA